AUGCGAGGCGGUGGGAUCGACAUCGGCCGGGCGCUGCUCGAUGCGGCCCUGAGCUCGCCGCUGUACAAGGCGGUUCUCGUGCCGCAGGCACAGCGCACGAUGGUAGAGACCGCUGAACGGAACGGCGUGCCUUGGCGCGACGCGCUCGACUGGAUCAAGGCGCGCGGCCCUUGGCGUCUCAGCGAGGACGAUUCGGCUGUGGCGAUCCCAGAGUACUACCGGAGGCCUUUUCACGCCUACGAGCAGGGCAACCUGUGCUGGGACGCCGCGUGGGAGGGCGAGAUCGCAUCGCGCGCCGCCUUCCGCGGCGCCUUUGACGAGGCGCUCGCCUCGCUCGGCGCGGAGUGUCCGGCCGGCGGCUCCCUCGUCGACCUCGGCUGCGGCUCUGGCAUCUCGACUCGCCGGCUGGCCGCGGCGCACCCGCAGGCGGGCUCGGUCGUCGGCGUCGACCUGUCGCCUCACUUCCUCGCCGUCGGCCGGCGGCUGCUGGAGCUAGAGGAGGAGGAGCGCCGUCGGUGGGUGCAGCCCCUCGAGCCUGACGGCCGCAUCUCGCUCCUGCACGCCGACGCCGCAGCCACCGGCCUGGCCGCCUGCUCGGUGGACGUGGUGCAGUUGUCCCUCGUGAUGCACGAGCUGCCGCCCGCCGCUGCGGGAGACAUCUUCGCCGAGGCGCACCGCAUCCUCCGCCCGGGCGGACAGCUCUGGGUCACAGAGAUGGAC